UAAUAAUCAUGAGUGAUGAUGAAGAUAAUCAAUCUUUAAUAGAUGAAAUUCAGGCCUUAGAAGAUGCAUUAGAUCAAAGACGAACUUUAAGCAAUAAGGAAUUUGCUUCAACAAGUGGUAUUUCAAAUAUAAAUACUUUAAAAUUAGAAAUAAAAUUUGGACACAAUCAUAGUAAUAUUUAUGUCGAUGAAGGUGAUCUUGUUAUUGAUGAUUUUUAUGAGAAUUAUGAUUGCAAAGAUUUACAAGAUUUAUUAGAAUUAAAUAAGAAAUUAAUUGAAUCUCUUUUAUUAACACGUGAUAAUGUUAUUAAUCUUCUUGAAGAAUGUUUGAAAAGACAGCAAUUAAUUGAGGAACAAAUUUCGAAAGAUACAUCAUCGUGGUAUACUAAAAUAGUUACAUUUAAUGCUGGUAUGCCUUAUUUUAAGGAUCAAAAAUAUUUUACACCGAAGCAAAAUGAGGAUACAAUAACUAAAAUACGAAAUGGUGAAUUACGCUUGACGGAACUUCAACGCAUUCAUCGUUGGAAUCAAAUGGAUAAGAGUAAUUUAUUAAAAGCUAUAAGGCAUGAAGUAACACUAACUUUAUUAAACAAAGAUGAACCUGAUGAAGUGUAUAUUGAUAAUUCAAUUACUAAGACAAGUCAGCUCCCUAGUGAUGUGAAAAAAGCUAUUGGAUCUUUAGGUUCAAUGAAAUUUGAUUGGUUAAAAAUAGCUAAUAACAUUCCUGAUAAUAAGCACAAUGCAGAAGAAUGUGAAGUUAUGUGGAAUGUUUUUCUACAUCCUGACAUUAAUAAACAAAAAUGGACUAAGAAAGAAGAUAAAGAUUUAAAUCGCAUAGUAGAAGAAUAUGAAUUUGAGGAUUGGGAUAAUAUUGCCACAGCCUUAAAAACAAAGCGUAGUGGUUAUCAGUGCUUUGUUCGAUAUAAUACAAACAAUUGGAAAAAUCUCAUGAAAGGUCAAUUUUGGUCUCCAAUUGAUGAUAAUACUCUUAUUUAUUUAGUAACUCAAUUAAAGAUUGGAGAUUAUAUUCCAUGGGGAUACAUUGCUAGCUGUAUGAGUAAUUGGACAAAACAACAGGUAUACUUUCGUUGGACAUAUAGUUUAGCAUCACAUUUAAAGAAAGGAAGAUUUUCAAAAGAAGAAGACCAAAAAUUGAUAGAUGCAGUAACAAAGUAUGGGCCAAAUUUUAGCAAAAUAUCUGCUUUGGUAAUGACUAAUAGGACUAAUAUUCAGUUAAAAGAACAUUUUCAAACCUUAACAGCAAGAAAUUGUAAAAUUAAAAAGAUUUGGACAGUAGAAGAAGAUGCAUUACUUAUUGAACUUAAAAAAAAAUAUGGUUCAAACUGGGUAAGAAUUGCUAAAGAAAUGCCAGAUGUUACCAGAGUUCAAGCUAGACAACGUUAUACAUUAUUGAUUAGAUAUCAGCAAAAAGGAGUUCGUUUGGAACAAAUCAACCGAAACGAAAAUCCAGAAGAUACAAUAUCAACUCACACCACUGUUACAUACACUACUAAUACACCUUGGUCUCGGGAAAAUAAAGAAAUAUUCAUUAAAUAUUUAAAGAUUGAUGAUCAACUUAUAAAUUUUUUUAAAAAAGAUAAUAUACUUAGAAGAAAGUUUGAGCUACAAAGAAAAUCGUAUCACCCUGAAAAGUUAAAAGAACAUACGAAAAAACUUUAUAACAUAUUAUUAAAAUUGAAUGCUAACUUAGAUGUACCAGAUUAUAUUACUGAUGAAAUGGAAUUAAGUGAAUUAAAUCAACAACUCUUAGCAUCUUUACAAUAUUAUGUUCGUAAACGAAAAACGUAUUUUAGUAAAGAUGUUGAACGUAUUAGGCUACAAAUGUUUGGUCCUCAAGACCCAGUACAAGAUAAACAACGAUUUAUACCUGCUUUACCAUUCAACUUUCGUCUUCCAAAACAUAAAAGAAAUAGUUCUAAUACAAUUAAUUUUAAUUUAGAUAUAAGAGAAUUUCAUCAAACAGAACUUAUUAUGAUGUUCGAACCCAAUAGGUAUGUGAGAGAAUAUCUUGGAGAAGACAUGGAAAAUCAAUUUGAAAAAUUAAAGAAAACUAUAACAGUUAAUGCACAAAAACCAGAAAAGAUUUACUCAUUAAAAUGUAAAUCAUUUGCUAAUUCAAUUUUAUUUGAUAAUCAUCAAAAUGAUAUAUUUAGAAGAUCUUCGAUUGCUAUACAAAAUAAAAAAUAUGACUGGGAAUCAAAUAGAAUGAUUUCUAAAAAUUCAUUUAAAGAAAAAGUGAUAACUGAUAAUAUUUCUAUUCCAAUAAUAGAACCUAAUAGAACCACGCUUCAGGCCUAUCAAGAACUUUUACUUAUAUCUGGAACUUUUCCUUCAGAGUCAAGUGAAAUGAAUUCAGAUUAUAAAUUAACUCCCAGAGGUCGUGAAGCUUUAUAUUUAUUCAAAAAACGUUAUGAACAAUUAUUUCAUGUUCCUACUGGAUUAUCAAGAAUUAUACCACCAGAUACUGUCGAUGAAAGUGCAUUUUUGCCAGCACUAGAAAAAUUGCAAAAAAAAAAUGUUAAAAGAAAGCGCUUAAAAAAAAUAAUUAAAAUACUAAAAGACAAAUAA